CUCCACCCUUGUUAUUCAUGUCCCAGUUAAGGAAGAGAGGAGCCAAGAAACUGGGGUCCACCACCCCUAGUGUCGCUGUAACCGGCACUGAUGUGACCAAAGAAGCUGAACAAACAAAGGUCUCUGACUCCAAUAGUGUUGGUUCCAAGGACCCUGAAUCUUACUAUUACAUUGCAUGUGCUGUGAUCACUAUCUUGGCCACAUACGUUAGAUUUGACAGAAUCUCCUUCCCAGAUAAGGUUGUUUUUGACGAAGUUCACUUCGGUAAGUUUGCAUCUUACUAUCUUGAAAGAACAUAUUUCUUUGAUCUUCAUCCUCCAUUCGCUAAACUUCUCAUUGCAUUUGUUGGUUAUCUCGUUGGAUACGAUGGUAAAUUCAAGUUUAAUAACAUUGGAGACAGUUAUAUCACCAACAACGUUCCUUACGUCGCGUACCGUGCUGCUUCUGCCAUCCAAGGUACCAUUACCGUUCCAUUGAUGUUUUGGACUUUGAAAACUUUAAAUUUCUCUGUAGCUGCUUGUUUCCUUGCUAGUGCAAUUGUUUGUUUCGAUAAUGCCCAUGUCAUUGAUUCUAGACUUAUUCUUUUGGAUGCCACAUUGAACCUUACUGUGGCAAUGACCAUCUUCAGUUAUGUCAAGUACUCCACCUAUAGAAAGCAAGCAUUCUCUCGUGAUUGGUGGACUUGGCUUUAUCUUACCGGUGUUUCCCUUUCAUUGGUUAUCUCCACCAAAUACGUUGGUGUUUUCACUUACUUGACUAUUGGUAUUGGUGUGUUACAUGAAUUGUGGAUUCUUUUAGACCAUAAACGUGGUCUUGAUUUGAACGAACUCGCUUAUCAUUUCUUUGCCAGAGCUUGGACUUUAAUCGCAGUUCCAUUUGCCCUUUACCUUUUCUGGUUCUACUUACAUUUUGCUAUUUUGACCAAAUCUGGCCCUGGUGAUUCUUUUAUGUCUGGAGAUUUCCAAGAAACUUUGCAAGAGUCUGCUGAUACUAAAUCUUCUAAAGAAGUUCAUUAUUUUGAUCAACUUACUUUGACUCACUUGAACACUGAUUGUUUCUUCCAUUCUCAUAACCAUCAAUAUCCAUUAAGAUAUGAAGAUGGAAGAAUUUCUUCUAAUCAGCAACAAGUUACUUGUGAAUACAAGGAAACCAAUGCUGAAAAGGAAGUUGCCACUAAUGAUGCCAACAAUUGGUGGGAAAUUGUCCCAGGUACUGUUACUGGUACCUCUGAAUUUGUUGAAGUUUUCACUGAAGAUGUUGUUAGAUUCAGACAUGUCGGAACUGGUGGAUAUCUUUUAGCUCAUGAUGUUGCCUCUCCAUUGAAGGCUACCCAUGAAGAAUUCACCAUUGUCUAUGACGAAGUUGCCGCUACUAGAUUCAACGAAACCUUGUUCAAGCUUAAGUACACCGAUGCUACUCAAAGUAACAAGAACAAGAGAACCAUGAUCAAGACGCAUUCCACUCAAUUCAAGGUUAUUCAUGUCGACACUGUCGUGGCUAUGUGGUCUCAUGAUGAUGAGCAUUUGCCAGAAUGGGGUUUCAAGCACCAAGAAGUUUGUGGUAACAAGAAGGUCCAAGAUAAUGACAAUAGUUGGUCUUUCAAGACUAUUGUCAACUUGAAGCCUGAAGACCCAAGAUCUAAAUAUACCCCUAAGAAGGUUACCCCUCAACCAUUCUUAAAGAAGUGGUGGGAAUUACAAUUCUUGAUGUUCCAUCAUAACAAUAUCUUGACCUCAGAACAUCCAUUCGCAUCUCAACCAGAUUCAUGGCCAUUGACAUUAUCUGGUGUUUCUUUCUGGAAUGACAACGAUAGUAAAAGACAAAUUUUCUUCAUUGGUAACGUUGUUGGUUUCUGGUUAGAAGUUGCCUUGAUUGCCAUUUAUGGUGGAAUUAUUCUUGCUGAUCAAAUCUCCCGUCGUAGAGCUGUUUAUGUUUUGACUGACAAGGCUAGAUCCCGUCUUUAUAACACUUGCGGCUUCCUCUUUGCUGGCUGGGCUGCUCAUUACCUUCCUUUCUUCCUUAUGGGUAGACAAAAGUUUUUGCAUCAUUAUCUUCCUGCUCAUCUUAUCGCAGCCUUGUUUGCUGGUGCCUUAACUGACUUCCUUUGUUCUCAUAACACUUUUGGUCCAGCUCGUCCACAAAUCAAUGCCAUCAAGCUUAAGGUUUUCGUUGGUGUCUCUGUUGCUGCUAUCGCCGUGUUUUUCUACUACUUCCAAGCCAUUACUUACGGUGACAUCUCAUUAACCCCAGAACAGGUUAGAAGUAGACAAUGGUUGGAUAUUAAGUUACACUACGCCAAAUAGAAGUGGAAAAUUGUAACUAGUAACUAACUACAUAUCUAUAUGAAUAGUUUGAUUUGAAAAAUAAAUAAAAUAUAAAUUCUUU